AACAUCUCUCUCCUUCUCUGUUUCUGUCUUUCCUUUUCACAAUAUGGAUUUUCAAUCUGUUCCAAACGCAGGUAAAGUUCAACCUUUAACUUCCAAGACGAAUCAAAAGCUCAGCAGAAUCAAGAAAACCAAUCCUGCAGGAAUUUCUCCGACCCAAUCUCACAGGUCUAAGCGAGUCCUGGGUAGCAGCAGAAGCACAAAUUUUCAGUUUAAAAGAGAACCCAACAAACCCUUAUCAAAAUCAUCAUCACUGGGGAAUGGGAAAGGGAUUAUUCAACAACGUAAACCCAAAUAUUCUUUAGAACCAAAAGUUGCUGCAGAGGAGAAUAAGUUUGAAAUCAAACCCAAAACCAAGAAAACUGUCAGCUUUCAAGAACCUUUGGUCGAAAACCUUGCCCAGAUUGUGCAGGAGGAGGGUUCUGGUGCCUUCCAGACUCCCCUGUCGUCUUCUUCUCCUUCAACCGAAGACAGGAUAAUCCCAGGCACACCUUACUACACUGCAGAAACCUGUGGUAAAUGCCAGUUAGAUAGGUUCGACUCCUCAUCUUAUUGGGUAGCACAAAUCAGAUUGGCAGAGUCCGUGAGGAAGCAUUUUCUGUCCGCAGCCUUCUUCCAUCUCGCCUGGGAAUCCAAUGCUGAGCUGGUUCCAAGCCUUGGGAUUGAACUUAAGCGUUACUUGUCAGUGCAUGGAUCGUUAUGCACAGACACUAAGUGGAGAGAUGUUUUAAUUACCUAUGGAUGUGAAAGUGGUGUCCCCAAUAUUGUUAAAGAACAGAAGGAAACGACCUCAAGACAAAAAUUUCUUCCAAGUGAAGUGGCUAUGGACUGUGGAGGGAUCUAGGAACCAAGGUAUAGAAGCUGCUGCUGCUUCUGCCAGAGGCCCAAUAAGAUACAACCAAAGGAAUUAAUAACUGAAAAUGGAG